GCCAACAGAAUGCCUUUUCACUCCUUUCCAACAGACGUCGCUAGCACACUUUAUUUCCACACAAAAAAAAAUCAGCUCUAGUUCCUGUUCUGCGCAGUGGCGUGGAAACAAUAAUGGCGGUGACUGAUAAAUCUACGAAAGAGCGGUUAUUAUCGGUACUGGACGAUUUAGAAGUGUUAUCCAGGGAAUUGAUAGAGAUGCUUGCACUGUCAAGGAGCCAAAAACUCCCCCAAGGAGGCGAGGACACCCAGAUCCUGGAGCUGCUGGUGCAGCGAGACAGAGAGUUCCAGGAGCUGAUGAGGGUGGCACAGGAGCAGGGCAAGGUGCACCAAGAGAUGCAGGUCCUGGAGAAGGAGGUGGAGAAGAGAGACUGCGACAUCCAGCAGCUCCAGAAACAGCUGAAGGAGGCUGAACAUAUACUGGCGACUGCUGUAUACCAAGCAAAGGAGAAGCUAAAAUCUAUUGAUAAGGCCAGAAAAGGGAGCAUCUCCUCAGAAGAGAUCAUCAAAUAUGCCCACAGGAUUAGUGCCAGCAAUGCAGUGUGUGCUCCUCUCAACUGGGUACCAGGUGAUCCACGUAGACCUUACCCGACUGACCUGGAGAUGCGCAGUGGAAUGUUGGGUCACAUGAGCAAUCUGCCAACUAAUGGCGUGAACGGACACCUCCCUGGAGAUGCACUGGCUGCUGGGAGAUUGCCGGAUGUGCUUACACCCCAGUACCCCUGGCAAUCGUCCGACGUCUCAGUGGGUAUGCUCCCCCCGCACCAUGGCAACGACUUUGGGCUGGAGCCCCCCGGCCACAACAAAGAGAACGAGGAUGACGUAGAAGCUAUGUCUACAGACUCAUCCAGCAGCAGCAGCGACUCGGACUGACUGGCUGAGUGCGUGUGUCUGUCCAUCCGUCCAUCAGCCUGCCUACCUGUGUGUAUAUAUCUGAAUCAUCAGCUGACUGUGUGUUGGGAAUUGGACACUCCCAGUACCUCGUAGAGCCAGCUAUCCAUCACACUCAUAACCUAUACGAAAAGCUAGAGUUUGAUCACUCUGACCCUCUCUUUUCCCAGCUUGUUGAUGAAACAUUUGUACUAAAUUAUGUCAUCCCCAAUGUAAUACACUAUAUAUACUUUUGAAUGUGGACACCCCUUCAAAUGAGUGGAUUUGGUUAUUUCAGCCACACCCUUUGCUGACAGGUGUAUGCAAUCGAGCACACAGCUAUGCAAUCUCCAUGGAUAAACUUUGUCAGUAGAAGGGCCUUACUAAAGAGCUUAGUGACGUUCUGGAGUGAUGUGUCAUGCUGUGCCAUCUGGCAGGCCGACGGGCGGAUCUGGAUUUGGCGGAUGCCAGGAGAACGCUACCUGCCCGACUAAAUAGUGCCAACUGUACAGUUUGGUGGAGGAGGAAUAAUGGUCUGAGACUGUUUUUCAUGGUUCGGGCUAGGCCCCUUAGUUCCAGUGAAGGGAAAUCUUAACUCUACAAGAUACAAUGACAUUCUAGACGAUUCUGUGCUUCCAACCUUGUGGCAACAGUUUGGGGAAGGCCCUUUCUUGUUUCAGCAUGACAAUGCCCCCAUGUACAAAGCGAGGUCCAUAAAGAAAUGGUCUGUCGAGAUUGGUGUGGAAGAACUUGACUGAUCUGCACAGAGCCCUAAUCUCAACCUCAUCGAACACAUUUGGAUACGCUGAUUCAGUUCAGGGAAAUGUCUGAUACUGCGUAACUCUGAUGGUGAUAACAAUGGCGUAUUCCUUUCAUUGUCUAUCUGGCUCCCCAUCAUUUGUUUAUUUUGUUAUUUUUAGAGACUGACAAUGGGGAAUAGUGUUGAAAAGUACAUGUACCCUUGAAGGGAAUAUACAUGUAUUUGUUUUGAAAGAAUGUGUUGCAGAUUUAAACCCAAGUGCUCCUUAACGUUUCUGCUAUUGGUUAAAACAUCUCUCCAGGAGUAGAUUUUUAAUUUCUUCUGCUUGCUGGAGUUCACACUUGCCGGCCAAGGUUCAUCAAGCACACCAUAUAUUCUUUAUAUAGAAAGUAAUUUUAGUUUUGUUUGACUGAUGAGUGUUUGCUCCAUGUGUAAAUAGGUCUGUAUAUACAGUAGGUUUUUCCAAACCGGAUAAAUAAAUACCACUUUUGAGUAAA